CAUUCGCAAAUAUAGUGAGCUUGAACAAUACAAGGUCGCAUGCUAUCUCAACCAGCUUGUGAACAAUUGCAUCGUCUUUGCUGCCACCAUGAUAAUCACAACUGCCAUGAUCCUCAAGGUCACACAGAUUUGCCAAUACUGGCUACUCACCAGCUGGUCCACUACCACCCCACCCAUCUACCAACUUUGGGCUUUCUUACUGAUCAUAACCGUAGUAACCAUCAAGUAUCUUAUCCAACGUCCAAGCACUGUAUACCUUGUUGACUAUGCUUGCUUUGGGCCUAGCUCGAACUUCCACGUCGACCCAGCCUCCUGGGCUGAGACUCAUCGCUUCAGCUUUUUCUUUGAUGAUGAUACCAUUUCCUUCCUAACAAAGGUUUUUAGACGCUCUGGCCUUGGCAAUGAGACUAGCCUCCCAUCUGUAAAUAAUUUUCUCCCCCAGGCUCAUAGAUUAAGGUUAGCUCGUGAGGAGGCAGAGAUGAUCAUCUUCGCAGUCAUUGAUGAUCUGUUUGCCAAGACACCCGUCAUGCCUAACAAUAUCGACAUACUGAUUGCCAAUUGCAGCAGCAGCACAAUGGUACCAUCCAUGACCGACAUGAUCGCAAACAGAUACAAGCUUCGUAGUGAUAUCCACAAUAUGCAGCUAUCUGGGAUGGGGUGCAGUGCAGGAUUGAUCGCAGUUGGUCUAGCAAGAAACCUCUUGCAGACCAUGCCCUACGGUGCACAUGCGCUGGUGGUAUCCACGGAGCUCAUGACUGGCAACUUCUAUGCAGGGAAGAAGCGAUCGAUGCAGCUGACCAACGUGUUGUUCCGGAUGGGAGGCGUUGCCGCGCUACUCUCGACCUCAAGGGACAAUGCUCGAUUUGAGCUUACGCACAUUGUGAGAGAAUCCACAGCUGCCCAGGAUAGUGCAUACCAUUGUGUUUUCCAGGAGGAAGACGACGAGGGUCUCCUAGGACUUAACUUGUCGAAGGACCUUGUGGCAGUCGCCGGCGAGGCACUCAGAGCCAACAUCACCACAACUGCGCCAGUUUUGCUCCCAAUCUCUGAGCAGCUCUCAUUUUUUCUCUCCUUCGUUGUGCAAAAGGUGUUCAUCAAGAAAAGUGCAAGAACAAAGCAGUAUGUUCCUAAUUUCGGCUUGGCAGUUGAGCAUUUCUGCAUACAUGCCGGUGGGAGAGCCGUGAUCGAUGCAGUCCAACGCAGCCUCAAUCUGUCCGACGAGCAGGUUGAGCCAUCGAGGAUGACACUGCAUCGAUUUGGAAACACAUCGAGCAGCUCGCUGUGGUAUGAGAUGGCGUAUUGUGAGGCCAAGCAGCAGAUGCGGAAGGGGGAUCGAGUUUGGAUGAUUGGGUUUGGUUCUGGAUACAAGUGCAACAGCGCUGUGUGGAAGUGCAUUCUACCAGCUCGUAGUGCUGACUCUGCAUGGGCAAACUGCAUCCAUCGUUACCCAAUGGAUGUCGCAAAACAAGCCUCUGUCACUAAGGGUGCCCUGACAAAAAGUUAAUAAUGUCAAGUACUUUUCACUGGGAAGAAGAAUAUAUAAUGAUAUUUUGAGGCAUACUCUCUUAAGCAUGCUCCGGAUCUUUUAUGUCACCCAAAAUGUCAGCGUAAUCAUGCACCAUUUUUCUUUUCUAGAUAUGUAAAUGUACCAUGGGGCAGAUGCUGAUAUUUGUAUUUCACAUCUAUAUGUCUGAAAGUUUAUAGACUUUGAUUAGUUAUAGUUCCUUUUAGUAAAUAAUAAUAUCAUACGUGCAUGACCCUGAUCUUCUAAUAUGAAAAAUGAAGAUUCUGUACGGUACAUGACUGCAAGAUGAUUCAUUAU